AUGCAUGACCAUGACUUUGAACACAUUGACCAUUCUCUGUAUUCACCCCAUUUAACACCAUCAGAUUUCAACCUCUUCCCCAACUUUUACACCUACAGCAAGAAGCCAGGCACUGGGGCAUGUGAGGACUACUGUCUCACUGCAGCCUGCAACAACAGUGGAGUCUGCAUCAACAAAGCUGACAACUACACCUGCAACUGUACCUCAGGCUGGACUGGCUGGCUCUGUAAUGAAGAUAAGGACGACUGCCAGCCCCAACCAUGUAAAAACAACGGCACCUGUUCUGACGGAGGGACUAACAACUUCACAUGUUCCUGUUCACAAGGAUGGCUUGGAUCUACUUGUGAAGAGGAGGACUACUGUCUCACUGCGGCCUGCAACAACAGUGGAGUCUGCAUCAACAAAGCUGACAACUACACCUGCAACUGUACCUCAGGCUGGACUGGCUGGCUCUGUAAUGAAGAUAAGGACGACUGCCAGCCCCAACCAUGUAAAAACAACGGCACCUGUUCUGACGGAGGAACUAACAACUUCACAUGUUCCUGUUCACAAGGAUGGCUUGGAUCUACUUGUGAAGAGGAUGUUGAUGACUGUAAGAAUACACCAUGCAAGAAUGAUGGCAACUGCACUGAUGUUGGAACGAACAACUUCACCUGCUCGUGUAGUGCUGGAUGGACAGGGGAAACCUGUCAGACAGAUGUGAAGGAGUGUGAUAAAGAUCCCUGUGUCAAUGGAACCUGCCAGGAGGGGCUAGGAAACUUCACCUGUGUUUGUAACGUGGACUAUCAGGGGACGUUGUGUGAUGAAAUUAUUGAUGAUUGUUUGACUCAUCCCUGCCACCAUGACGGCACCUGUGUUGAUGGCAUCGGCAACUACACCUGCGACUGCACUGAUCAGUGGACAGGGAUAAACUGUACAGAAGAUGUAGAUGAGUGCAAAGCAUUUCCCUGCAUGAAUGGCUACUGCCAGAAUACCAAAGGAAACUUCACAUGUUACUGCAGUAAGGGCUGGAGGGACAGAACUGCUCUGAAGCGGGAUGGGGGUAAGCGGGCCAAGACGGCGGAUAAACCUUCUUCCCCUAUCCCUCCACUUCCACUCAUUCAGAUUCUGCACCCUCUGUAUUAA